CCUUCUUCUUCUUCUUCUUCAUCGUCCUCUUUUUGCGAUCCCAAAUCAGAAAUUUCGAGUUUCUUUUUUUCCCGCCCAGUCGAAGAAAGCCCCCUCUCCUUUUGAGAGGUGUUUCUACUAUAGAUUGGUAAGGAGCGAUGUCUAACGUUACAGUCUGUGCGCGAUUUAGGCCACGAAGCUCUAAAGAGUUUCGCGAUCACAACGACGGUGUCUGUGUUCGAGGCAUCGACGCUGAAACCUUCGUUUUCCAAGAUGACAAGGAAGACGAAUUAACAUUCAGCCUCGAUAGAGUUUUUUAUGAGGAGUCUCCCCAAGCUGCGGUUUAUGAGUUUCUGGCUCUACCGAUCAUGAGAGACGCUGUGAAUGCUAUCAACGGAACAAUCAUCACUUAUGGACAGACAGGGGCUGGGAAGACAUAUUCCAUGGAGGGACCAGGCAUCCAGGACUGUGAUGAGCACAAUAAAGGAUUGCUUCAAAGAGUGGUCGAUGGGAUGUUUGCUCAAAUCAGCUCUCUUCAAGAUAUUGCAAGAUACACAGUUAAAUUGUCUAUGGUUGAGAUCUACAUGGAGAAAGUUAGGGACCUCUUAGACUUAUCAAAAGGAAACAUACAGAUCAAGGAGACUAAAACACAAGGAAUACUGUUGUCUGGCGUUACAGAGGUACCUGUAUCAGAUUCCGCAGAGGCAUUACAACAUCUAUGCACCGGUUUAGCUAAUCGCGCUGUUGGGGAAACCCAAAUGAAUAUGUCCAGCAGUAGAAGCCACUGCGCCUACUUCUUAACAAUCCAGCAGGAUUCAGUUAAAGAUAAGAGGGUAAAAACAGGAAAAUUGAUUCUUGUCGACCUGGCUGGCUCAGAGAAGGCAGACAAAACUGGAGCAGAAGGUAGGGUCCUUGAAGAAGCAAAGACGAUCAACAAAUCACUCUCAGCCUUGGGGAACGUGAUAAACGCUCUCACUAGUGGGUCACCUAGCAAAGCGAGUCACAUACCAUAUCGUGACUCCAAGCUUACUCGCGUCCUACAGGAUGCGCUGGGUGGGAAUUCUCGAAUGGCACUGCUUUGCUGUUGCUCACCUAGCACUUCGAAUGCAUCUGAGACGCUCUCAACCCUCAGGUUUGGCAUGAGGGCAAAGCACAUAAAAGCAUCACCACGUGCCAGUGAAGUAAAAUUUGCGAAGUCACAGGAGGAACCUUCCUCGGCAACCAAAGAUGAAAAAUGUGGGAGGAUCCUUGAGAAGAUGAAAGAGAGAAUUAGCAACGAAGACAUCAAAAUGCUAGAAGAAGUGUUCAUACAUGAAGGAAUCAUUUCAAGCCUAGAUUCUGUGGAAGAUGUGGAAUCAGCAUAUGAAGAUAUUGUGUCGAAAACUAUACAAUCCUUACAGCAGGCCAUUGAAGAACUCCAACUGAAAGUCCAAAAGUUAGAAACAGAAAAUAAGGGUAUUCAGGAACAAGCGUUGCGUAAUCAGGAACCUGGUCCGGUUGGAAAGAUGUCAAGGUUCAUCAGUUCUUGGUAUGCAUCUUUCUUUACGUCCUAGAGAUGAUUAUAUGAAUAUAGUCAUAUACUAUCUUGGUAAUGUAGAAGAUGUGGACAAGUAGAUAGUACAGAGAUAAGUUGCUCUUUUUAGGUUGUGAGACCAAAACAGGUAUUAACAUUCAAAGUUAUGAAUAGUUGAUAAAGAA